AUGGAGACCUUUCCUGAGAGUCCCUCGCACUUUUUCGCAGUGCCGUCGCCUUCCUCUCCACCGCCGGCGUCUCCCCUGCGUCCGUUUGCUUCCCCUGGUACCUCGGAUUCUUCUUCGCCUGCGUCGCCCUCUUCUCGCAUCUCUUCUGCACCCGCAGCCGAGGCGGAAGUCGCGCCUGUCCACGGAGAAGGCGCGUCCGCAGCUGCGCAGACGCACGGCGCCGCGCGGGGAAGACUGCACGUUCUGCUCGCGGUCACAGGCAGCGUGGCGGCGAUAAAGACGCGCGAGGUCGUCGAGGAACUCCACGCCGAGGGACGCAGAAGGCAGGUGGAAGUCGAGCUGAAGCUUAUCGCAACGAAGAGCGCCGCGCACUUCCUCGAGGGCGAUGUCCGUCCCUCAGACCUGAUCCUGACUGACGAAGACGACUGGAAGAGUUGGAGGAAGAAAGGCGAUCCUGUGCUGCACAUCGAGCUGCGGCGAUGGGCGGACGUCCUCGUCAUCGCACCCCUCAGCGCGAACUCCCUCGCAAAGCUGGCGCACGGACUCUGCGACAACUUAGUCACGUGCGUGGCGAGAGCGUGGAGCUUCGCGAAGCCGUGCGUGGUUUUCCCGGCUAUGAACACGCUCAUGUGGGAACAUCCGCUGACCACGCAGCAACUCGACACGCUCCGCGGCUUCGGCGUCAAGGUCGUGGAUCCGGUCUCCAAGACUCUCGCGUGCGGAGAUACAGGGACCGGCGCUCUUCCGCCCCCCAAGGAGGUCGCGCAGGCAGUCUUUCAGGCCGCGCGCGGCACCCUCUCUCCUCCCUAG